GCCUGAUCUCCCGAGCAACUAUAUAAGGAUCCUCGUAGCCAGCAACAAAUUUACACUUACCAUCAAUACAACCAUUCAACACCAUGGAACCUCUCACGAUCAACGUCAACGGCGAAUCAAGCAUCACCCGCCUUGCCGAACAAGGAUCCCUCCGACUGACAGUCGAAUGCGAAGCGAACUCUUCAAAAAACUAUCCCCCAAAACCAACGACGGCACUGCCACCGCCGACGCAGCAGUAACAAAAUUCGCAUCUACUUAUCUCCGCACGAGGAACUUUACCCCCCACGACAAGGAUAACAAGCCCUUGCCCAAGGUGUAUCAAGCCUCCAUGUCUCUGACUAUUGUUUUCCGCGAUAUCACCAAACUCAGCGAAGUCGUCGGCCAACUCGUGGCAUACUCUAAUGUCGAAAUCAGUGCGAUUGACUGGAGUUUGAGCGAGGCGACGCAGAAGGACCUGCGCUCGCGGAUGCGCAAAGAGGCUAUUCGUGAUGCGAUUGUUAAAGCCAAUGAUUAUGCUGGGGAGGUUGGGAGGGAAGUGUAUGCCGUAGAGAUCAUCAACGGUGGGCAGCAUGCUGUUACGCAGUAUGCUCCUCCAGGGAGAUCUCUCUUUGGGGGCGCUGGGGGUGCCCCCGUUGCCAUGAGAAGUACGAGAGGGGGGGCUCUGUUUGGUAGUGCUGCUCCUCCUAACCCUCCAGCCAUUUCGGAAACGCUUGAUCUUACUCCUCCAGACAUUCAAGUGACGAGUUCGGUGUCGGUUAGGUUUCAGUCUGUUCCCGACAAAUAAGAGGGGAGCUAUACAUUAGUAGCUUCUUUGACUGCUGAUUUUCCUUUCAUAUCACUGAAUUGAUUGAGCUCGACUGAUGAUAGCCCAUGUAGUUUGUUGUCAAGAAUAUACAUCAUGUUUGAAUUGAACCGUGUC